ACACAGACUGCGUCAAAGUUUUGAGCAACGACAGCCUUAGCAGUCCAAGUCUGCACUCCAUUAGUCUCUAGUCUUACUCCGAACCGUUCCUUCCUCAUCCCAAUCCAAUCUUCGAUACUAUCUCAAAAAUAUGCCAAGCCUCGAAGAAGACGAGAGCGCCUUCCUCCAAGCUGUGGGGAAAGAGACCUUCACCAAUCCACCCCGCGUCCUCAUCAUCGGCGCAGGAAGUCGUGGCACAGCCUACGCUGAAGCGGCACUAUCUUCAACCAACUCCAUCAUCGCAGCGGUAUGCGAGCCUAACGAUUACAAGCGCGCCGAUUUAGGUCGCAAGUUCAUCUGGGGCGACGGGAAAGAACCUAAAGAUUGCCAAGUAUUCCGCGGUUGGAAGGAAUGGAAAGGGUACGAGACGAAGAGAAGAGAGCAAGAAAGUGCUGGUCAUGACGUGGAGAAGGGCAUCAAUGCAGUGUUUGUAUGCGUGCUUGAUGAGAUGCAUGAGGAAGUCGUCUGUGGUAUCGCAGAUAUGGGCGUGCACAUCUCGUGCGAGAAACCGAUGAGUACGAGAUUGGAUAGCUGCAUGAGAAUGUACAGGGCACUCAAAGCACCGGUCGGUAGAGGUGAGGCCAAAGAAACGAUUUUCGGUAUUUGCCACGUGUUACGGUACUCGCCUCAUAACAUGUUACUGAGACAUUUGGUACUGGAGAAGGAUGUCAUUGGAGAUGUUUUGAGUAUUGAGCAUGUUGAACCUGUGGGUUGGUGGCAUUUCAGUCAUUCCUACGUGAGAGGUAACUGGAGGAAAGAGUCCAAGACUGCGCCAUCGCUGCUUACAAAGUCUUGCCACGACAUCGAUUUUCUAAUGUGGAUGCUCUGCUCGCCUGGACCGAACACUGAGAAUGCGACACCUCAUCUUCCAUCACACAUCACAUCUACCGGUUCUCGUAAAUUCUUCCGUAAAGAUCGCAAGCCGAAAGCGGCUGGCUCAGCUACAAACUGCCUAUCCUGCGCAUACGAGCCGGAAUGUGACUAUAGUGCGAAGAAGAUCUACCUCGAACGACACCUUAACAACGGCAAUGCGGAUUGGCCAGUGAAGAUCGUAAACCCAGAGAUUGAAGACAUCUAUAAGACCUCUGGCAAGGAAGCAGCCGGAAAGCAGCUUCUCAAAGACUUGGCCGAGGACUAUAGCAAUGAGAAACCGAUUGGUAAAGUUGAACAGCGCCCAUGGUUUGGCCGAUGCGUCUGGGAGUCGGACAACGACGUUUGCGAUGACCAGAUGGUCACUAUCACCUGGGAUGAUGAUCCUAUUGCAGAAGAUGAUGACGGUCUACCUAUACUGCACGGUCGGGGCGCAAAGACUGCGCAAUUCCACAUGAUCGCUUUUACAGAGAAGCAAUGCGAACGACGGGGCCGCAUCUACGGCACGAAGGGUGAGAUUGAGUACGACAGCAAGAACAUCAAAGUACACAACUUCUCAACCGGGCAGACCAAAACCCACAGCCCCCAUCUCGCAGGCGGUGGUCACGGGGGCGGAGACGAGGGGCUUGCGCGACAAUUCCUGGUGGCGGUUAACGCUGUCGACUCUGGCGCCAUGCCCGCGUCAGACGCUCAGCGGAAGUAUCUCGGAUGCGACCUUGAGGAAGCGUUCCGGAGCCAUGCCAUGGUCUUCGCGGCCGAAGACGCUCGAACGAAGCGCCAGGUGGUCGACUGGAAGAAGUGGUGGACCGAGUCGGUGGAGUCGCAAUUACACGAGCGGUAACUACCUGGCAUGAUGACAAUUCAGGCGAGCAAGGAGAAUACGAAAGCAGUUUCUUUUCGGUCGCCGAAGAUGACGGCAAAUGUACGUAGGCGCCUAGAUCAAGGCAUGACCAUCAUGACAUCGGAUGAGGCUCUUGCGAAGCUCAUGAAACCGAAAUGAGGGCUG